AUGCCAACAUCGAAGAGUAGCGUUAUGCGAGGACCCAUUCCAGUAACGUUAAUAUCUGGUUUUCUUGGAUCCGGAAAAACAACAUUACUUGAGAAUAUUUUAACUGCCAACCAUGACAUGAGAAUUGCUGUAAUUGUUAACGAUGUUUCAUCUUUAAACAUAGAUGCCGAGUUGAUAAAGAAUCACAGGGUAACAAAAAAAGAAGAAAAGCUAAUUCAACUUCAGAAUGGAUGCAUUUGUUGUACAUUACGAGGUGAUCUUUUAGAGGAAUUAGUAACUCUCGCGAAAGAUGAUUGUUUCCAGUAUAUUGUGAUAGAAUCUACGGGGAUUUCAGAACCUAUGCAAGUUGCAGAAACAUUCACUGCAGAGUUUACUUGGCAAAUUUUAGAUUUCGAAGGCACCAGUUCAGAACAACAAGCCUUAAUGCAUGAAGUUUUAAGCUUUGGAGGUUUAAAUAAGCUAACGAGGCUCGAUACCUGUGUGACGGUUAUAGAUUCCAAGAAUUUUUUAUCCAAUUUAGAGACAACAGAUUUUUUGAUUGACAGAUAUGGUGAUCGCGGACAAUCUGAAGGAGAAAGGACGAUAACAGAUUUGUUAAUCGAUCAAAUCGAGUUUUCGGACGUAAUAAUUAUUAAUAAGAUGUCGAUGGUGAGGAAAAAGAAACUUAAAAAGAUUAAAAAUAUCAUUCACUCUUUGAAUCCCGUCGCAAAGGUCUUAAUGAGCGAUUAUUCUAAAGUUGACCUUAAAGACGUCCUCAACACUCGAAUAUUUGACUUUGAGAAAGCCGCAACAUCUGCAGGUUGGUUGCAAAGUAUACAUGAAAUGACUCAGAGAGAAGGAUUUGGAAAAAAUAAUCAUACGGCUAUAACUCCAAAACCCGAAACGGAAGAGUAUGGAAUAAAUAAUUUCGUCUACACUUCAAGAAGGCCGUUCCAUCCACAGAGGUUAUACAAUCUAAUAAGAGAUAAGUUUAUUGUUAUCGAGAAAGUUCCUGAUUUUGCAUCCAUGGAAAGAGACACUAAUGGAGACGGCUCUGAAAGUGACCCUGAGGAUCUUUCUGAAGGAGAUCUUGAUGGUUCUGGAAGUGAGUCAGAUGAAAAUGAAUUUGAAGAUCCUUCCGAUGCCGCAAUUAUUAAAAGCAAAAAGACUUCGGCAUUCGGACCUUUGCUCCGUUCAAAAGGCUUUUUCUGGCUUGCAACUAGAUUCAUUGUGCGUGGAGAAUGGUCUUCUGCCGGAACCAUGAUGACCCUUGGUGGAUCUAUUCCUUGGUUUGAUGUAGAAAAGGAUCAUGAUUUUCCAUCAGAAGUCGCAAAGCUUAUUGAACGAGACAUGCAAGGCAAGUAUGGAGAUAGAAGGAACGAAAUCGUCUUCAUUGGUUUGAAAGUUGAUAAAGCAAAAAUUUCCGAUGCACUUAAUACAUGCUUAUUGAACGACGAUGAGUACCUGGAUUUUGAAAAAGUUAUAAAAGAGGAAAACAAUUUGUUUCGAAUUGAAAAGAAAUUGCAAGAAAUUUUUGAAGAUGGCUUUGAAGAUUGGAUCUUCAUGGAAGAAGAUACUGAAGAAUGCGAGCUCGAAUCUAGUGAUAGACAACAAUGUAUUCAUAACAAUGUAGCUGUUAGUACUUAA